AAGAAUGACAUGGACAGGCUGCCAACCGCACUGGUAUACAUCGUCUACGUUAGGAUGACCUAGGCCUACGCGGGUCAUAAAAGCCAAAACGUUAGCCAGUCAUGGGACAUGCAGGCGAGCGGAAGUCAUGCACUUCGCAUCUCGGCCCGUAAGCCUUGAUUGAACGACAUUUAUGUGGCUUAGUAAAGCUCAACACAAUGUGAUCCACUUAAGGCAGGCGCUUUAGGCACCAUUACUUGGUGCGCGUCGAAAAACACAGCCAUCGCCACCUGCUGUGAAGCAACAGAUAUAUGUAUACAAAUCAUACAAAUUGGACGAAAGCCUGAAGCGUUCCAGGCUGCAGCUGCGAAUCAACACAGUCAACUACAUUGCAUAUGCCCACAUGGUCCAGCCUUGGAAUUUUUGCUUUGUGUUCCUGCACCCCAGCUCUGUGCUGCUGGAGCGCAAGCCCGACUGCCUGGUGUUCAACGAGCUGAUGCACACCACCCGCACCUACGCCCGAGACGCCACAGCCAUAGAGGCGCGCUGGCUGCCCGAGCUGGCGCCCGCCUUCUUCGCAGCCAAGGCCAGCGCCGCCACCGCGGGGGUCAGCGCGGCCGGGGCGGCGCGGUGACGAGGCUGAGGGGGUGAGGGGCUCGCAUGGGGUUGGUGGCACCAGGUGCAGCGCACUUGCAUGGGCCGUGAGCAUAGCCGCGCGCUAUGGGGUGAGGGCAGGGAAGGGUCGGAGGAGGAGGGGAGGAGAGGCAGGAUGCAGUGCGACGGUCCGCGGCGUUGCGGGCGUCGGCUGGUUGCGUGCGGUGUCGGGCAGUCUGCCGGGUGGACGGUGGCUUCAUGCCAGUGUGCGUGGCAGCGUGGCGCGUAGCAAGUGGCGCCUGAAUUGUCAGGGCGCAGGCUGUGGCCGUGUACAGUGUGGGCAUGCGCGGUGUCGGAAUGCGGUCGACCUGCGUGUUCAGCCGUUCAGCGCCCACUGGCUAGCGGCUGGCGGCUAGCGGGGCGUACAACAUCUUCGGUCCAGAU